UCAAAUAUACCAUCAUUUAAAAAAAUAAAGCUGGGCAAAAAGAGAAAGCAAGUUGAUCAUGUGCAUUCAAUCCUAUUCUUACGUGGAAUGUUCAAAAUUUCAGCUUGCAUUUCUUUACAGUGCCAUAAAUAGUGCCGGCGCAUGAUUACAAUAUCCCUCCCCACUGACCACCCCCUUGUGAACCAUGCCCACCAAUGGCGCUGUCAACUAAACGUCAAAACAGUUCCGUGGUCGUUGCGAUGUUAAAAAGUGCAAACGAAGAGCAAUGACUCAAAAUACAUGUGCAUAAUACCAAGAGAAAAGAAACGCAUAAAUCGCAUCAAUUCGCAUAUACAAACAUAUGUAAUAAGGAAAUAUGGCCGACAAGUCAACGGAGCCAACAACACCCGCAUCAUCACCUACCGAGGAGGGUUUGGUUACAGCUGCUGCGAACCGUGUUGUUGUUACAGACGAGGCAGCUCCAAGCAGCGGUGGCUACGGCAGCAGUAGCAAUAACAACAGCACACAUGUUAAGGUUUUAAUAAUCGGCGCUGGAAUGGCAGGUUUAUCUGCUGCCAAUCAUCUGUUGCAAAAUGGUUGCGAUGAUUUUCUCAUUGUGGAGGCGCGCGGUCGGGUGGGAGGACGAAUCGUGUCCAUACCGCUUGACAAUAAUCAAAAGGUGGAGCUUGGCGCCAAUUGGAUACACGGCGUGCUGGGUAAUCCAAUCUUCGAAAUAGCUGUGCAACACGGUCUAGUCAGCGUUGUAAACAUACCAAAGCCGCACAAGGUGGUGGCCACCACAGAGGAUGGUCAUCAGGUUCCUUUCAGCAUACUGCAGGAAAUCUACGAGGCGUACGUCUGUUUCCUACGCCGUUGUGAUGAGUAUUUCCUCUGCCAGUACAGCCCGCCUCCUGACAUCAACAGCGUUGGGGAACACAUAAAUUACGAAAUUGAGAUCUACUUGAGCUCUGUGCAGGAUCCGAAGGAGAAGCGUCUGAAGCAGUUAAUAUUCAAUUGCCUGCUCAAACGCGAAACUUGCAUCACCGGCUGUCACAAUAUGAAUGAGGUCGAUCUUCUUGAACUAGGAAGCUACACAGAACUCCAAGGUGGUAAUAUUGUUCUGCCAGCGGGCUAUAGCUCAAUAUUGCGACCACUAAGCGCACAGAUACCUAAGGGAUCCAUAUUGACCAAGUGUCCGGUGAAGAAGAUACACUGGAAGCGAAAAAAAACAUUUACCGGCUUGGAGACCGUUGAUGAACACUCGGAGAACGAGGACUCCGACGAUUCCGAGAAGACAGUGACAGAGGUACCAACAGGUGCAACCCAACGUGGUGCCUCUGUCGAGUCAAACGCCAGCAGCAGCAAUUGUGAUUAUGUGCCCGAAGGUGCUGUUCGGGUCGAUUGCGAGAACGGGCAGAUUUUCCAUGCUGGUCAUGUGAUAUGCACCAUACCCCUGGGUGUGCUAAAGCACACGCACAAGACGCUCUUUGAUCCGGAACUGCCACAUUACAAACAGGAAUCCAUUGAGAAUCUCAUGUUUGGCACUGUGGACAAAAUUAUUCUUGUGUACGAGCGUCCAUUUCUCAGCGCCGACAUCUCGGAAGUGAUGCUUCUGUGGGACGAUGAAAAGCAAGAGGCGGCCAGCGAAGAAGAACGAGCCACAGAGGCGUACCUUAGCAAGAACUGGUUCAAGAAGAUCUACUCAUUUGCCAAGAUCAAUGACACCCUACUCCUUGGCUGGGUGUCUGGUCGCGAGGCAGAGUAUAUGGAGACAUUGCCCCAUGAACAAGUAGGCGAGAAGUGCACGGAACUCUUGCGUGAUUUCCUACAAGAUCCUUAUGUGCCUAAGCCUAAAUUAUGUGUGUGCACCAGUUGGAAAAGUCAAACUUAUACGGGAGGCGCCUAUACCUCGAUACCUGUGGGUGCCACACAGGAGGACAUCGAGAAUUUAGCGCAACCCCUUUACGCCACACCACAGGCAAUGAAGCCAGCAAUCGUAUUUGCCGGCGAACAUACGCAUUCCAGUUUUUACUCCACUGUACAUGGCGCUUAUUUGAGCGGACGGACAGCGGCACAGUAUUUACUGGCAAAUGACGAACCAGAUGAGAUUAUCAUGGAAUCUGAUGGCAGUGAUUUAAGCGCCUGGAUGCAGGGUAUCGCCCUGGACUAAGCCGAUAAACCAUGACUAUUUAUUAUUUAUGUAUUAUAUACUUAUUUAUGUCUAUUUCACACUUUUAACUUUAUUUAAGGACUAAUUAUUAUUUAUCGCUUUGUUUUUAGCUAGUUAUAGAUAAUAUCAAUUGUUUGAUGUGCAUUUGUUUUGAUAAUAUAAUACUUUCGUUGUUGCUUUUACGUAUCUUCUAUUAAAUCACGUUGUUGGUCGGAAAUUGCAGAUCGAGCAGAUUAGUAAUUUCAGUGCUCAACGGCUUUCACUGUAACACUUAAUAUUACCCAAGAUGUGCACAAAAUAAAUUUGUUAAGAAGAUAGUUUACUAAGAAAUAUGUACACCUAUUUUUAUAAAUUCAUAUAAAUUGUAGUCGAAAAUAUAAAUUGGUUGAAGUUACAGGAUGAAACGAUUCUUGUUGGAGGUUAUCCAAACAAAAAAAAAAAAUGGUACGAUAACCAAAAAUGCAACAAAGUGUAAAUUUAAAUGUAACUAUGUAUUGUUAAUGUUAACUAUUUUGCUAACUACAUUAUGCAUUAGUUAAAUCUUUAAGACAAGUAAACAAAGCAAACAAAAAAUGAUAUUAUAUAUAGCAUUCAAAAUAGAUCUACAUACAUAGAUAUUUAUUUUUAAUUUAUAAAACAAGUUAUUAUUUUUUAAACUUGUGCGCAUAAUGAGAAUAAAUGGACACGCUAAACU